AAAAAAUCGGCUACUGUGGGAAUAGCUGAGAUGGGUGCCUGCAAGCCGAGAAAGGCACGAUUUCACGCGUCCGUUGUAGAUGCACCGUGAUGUCAAAGUUAUGAUUAGGCUGCAAUAAGAUGCCGGGUGUAAUUGUUGUGAUGUAGCACAAAUAUCUCCAGUUUUUGCCUUAAAAAGUUCAGUUUUGGGUUUGCUACAUGCAGCCCAUACGUAUUUUACAAAUGAAUAUACAAUUGGUCUACAGUUUCUUUCAGAGAUUACAAUGGCUUCUCAAGAGAGGAUCAGGCCUGUGAUAAAAGGAAGUGGAUUUUGGCAUGCUCCCACUGUGAAGGAAUAUAGUCAGGAAACGCAAGAGUUGUUAAAAGUGAUGAUGCAAGAAUCUAAGCUUACUUGUUUCCAGCAACGCCAUCUUAUAAAUUGCAUGAAACGUGGUGAUGCUUUCCCCAUACACUGUUAUCCAACAUCCAGCAGAGAACCAGAGUUUCCGAAGCCUGUAUCACCAAAGGUUAUUUUGACCACCAGUCCCUUUGGCAGACCUCACCUCCGACCUGCAGAGAUCUGUCGCGCAGGAGAUGCAUAUAUCAGAGAAAAAUUCAAGCCUCAAGCCACUCGAGACCUGGAGAAGGAGAAAGAAAGACUGCAAAACAUCUUAGCAACAGGAAAGGACAAAGUAGAGAAGAAAACUCAGAAGAAACCAGUCAAGGUAGAAGAAACAGUACCAGAGAUGGACCGAUUCGAUGAAUUGCUGAAUGAAAUUCAAGAUCGACAAAAUUUCCUGUCAGAAAUGGAAGCUUUGGGACAGAGCAAAGCGUAUCAAGGACUUAUCCAAACUGAAAUAUCACAGAAGCUCCGGGAGAUGGAGAUGAUUGACAAGCAGAGAACUGCAGAACUGAAAGGGGCAAUAGCCAAGUCUUUCAAUAUAAGCAUCAAACAUGACAAUCCAAGCAUAGGUCAAGUAGACCAAUAGUUCUCACCACACACACACACAGACACAGACACAGACAGACACACACACACACACACCAAGGACAUAACUCCUUCACCCUUUUUCUGCUGACAUAAGCGAAGAAUAUCUUUUUAGUACAAUUUUGAUCCUCUUGUGGCAGGUAUCUGUAGAAUAUAUUUAAUCUCCUAGGAAUACUGUAUGAAUCCUGAAAAGUAGGAACGACCUGUGUCAAUGUGUAAUGGUAGGAAGUCUUUUCAAAAAUUUGAUCCAGAAACAGAAGGGGUUCAAAUGAAUCACUGGGUUUACAAUGCUUGCCUUGACCCCCCCCCCCCCCCCAAAAAGGAAAAGAUUUCCACAUAUUUCAUCUCUGGAAAACAGCAUCUGUGUUUCUACCAUUUAUGUGCUGCUGCUUUUUAGAUUAGAACAGUACAACUCUUAGAAUAGAUCAAAAAUAUUUUGUAUAUGAUUCUGCCAUCCACUGGGAGGCUGCUUCCAAUCAAACUGCAGUUUUUCACUCGUCAUAUAAAUUGUUAAGCAAACAGUGGUGAUUGUUGUAUCGGACUAUGAAAGAGAGAAUCGGAAGAUUUUAGAUGGCACUUAUUUUUGAUGAAUGUUUCUUCAGUACAAUUACAGACUUAGGACCAUCUUCAUUAUGACUAAGUGACUAUUUAUUCACGUGUCUCACUUGUUAAAGGAAAGACUUAAUACCACAACAGUAAAUGGGUGGGAGUAAGGGAUGUUUUUCUCAUUGGCGUAUUUUUUGUUUUGGUCCAGCAGCUCACUUUUGAUAGCUAUAUAUUAUUCUACUUGUAAAAAAAAUAAAAAGUCCUAAGAAUUU